AUGGCAGCGUCUCUUGAAACCCUUUCGCCGUCGUUCGAAGAUCGCACCGAUUUCGAUCUCGCAAGCCGAGGAUUCCUCGGGGCGUUGAAACCAGGCAUCAUCAAGAACGCCAAGGGGGAGGUUGUCAUUGAUUUGGACAAGUACAACUGCUUUGAGAAAGACUGUCCGCCAACAGCAAACCCAAAGCUAUGGAGAUAUGGGCAGCUUCUAUAUCGGCAAGGCCUCUAUGAAGUCGCCAAGGAUCAAAUAUACCAGGUCCGCGGCUUCGAUGUAUCGAACAUCACUUUUGUUGAAGGCCGGGAGGGCGUCAUAGUGAUUGACCCCCUGGUCUCUAAUGAGACCGCCUCCGCAGCUCUCCACCAUUACUGGCAGCUCCGCGGCCACAAGAAGCCUGUCAAAGCUAUGAUUCUCUCGCACUCGCACAUAGAUCACUUUGGAGGUGGGCAGGGCAUCGUGGACGCCAGCGACGACAAGUCGUUCCCGAUCAUCGCCCCUGCAGCUUUCAUACGGGAGGCUAUUAGCGAGAACACCGUAACAGGACCUGCCAUGAGGGCUCGCAGCGCCUACAUGCGCGGUGCCUACCUGCCCAGAGGUCCUGAGGGACAGAUUGGAGAUGGCCUCGGACUGGGCAUGUCUGUUGGUACUCACUCGUGUCUGCCACCGACGAUUCUCAUUCACGAGACUGGGGAUGAAUUAGCAAUCGAUGGCGUGAAGAUGGUGUUCCAGUCUGUCGAUGGAACCGAGGCCCCAGCCGAGGUCAACAUUUUCUUCCCAGAGCUCGAAGCUGUUUUCAUCUCUGAAUGCCUCACGCACACUCAUCACAACAUUUUGCCCCUACGAGGAACCGUUGUUCGCGAUGCUAAGCUCUGGUCUCAAAAGCUCGACGAGACGAUGAUCCUGUACGGAACUAAAUCCAAAGUCCUGUUUGCGGGUCACCACUGGCCGACUUGGGGCUGCGAUGAGAUUUGCAAACUAAUGAUCGAGCAACGAGACUUUUACGCCUACUUACACGACCAGACAAUCCGCAUGGCUAACAAAGGCAUGACAGGCGCCGAGAUCGCCGAACAUAUCACCAUCCCCGCUCAAUUUCAAACUGCGUGGCACCUUCAGGGCUACUACGGGUCAGUCAGCCACAACGUCAAGGCAAUACAUCAAAAAUACCUCGGGUGGUUUGACGGCCGGCCGCAUACUCUAUGGCAAUAUCCCGCCGCUGAAGAAGGCGCGCGCUACGUCGAGGCUUUUGGUGGGAUCGACAAGCUCGUAGCGGCAGGUGUCCGCUUCACGGAGGAGAAACAGGACCUGCGCUUCGCGUGCACGUUGCUUGCACACGCAAACUAUGCCGACAAGUCGCACGAGGGCGCCAAGAAGGCCCUGGCGCGGUGCUAUGAGCGCCUGGGGUACGGAGCAGAGAACGCUACGUGGCGCAACUUCUACCUCACCGGAGCACACGAGCUCCUUGGCAAGGAGCGCUACUCGCGAGGCGCGCAGCCGCUGAGCCCGUUCAACCCGGGCGUGCCCACGGAUAAAAUGCUUGCCACGUUGGCGGUCAAGAUCGACGGUCCCAGGGCUGCAAAACAGAGCUUCUCAGCGCUCGAGCUACUCAUGGAGGACGGAGAUGAUGCAUGGAGGCUGACGGUCAGUAAUGGCGCGUUUAUCUACCGAAAAGAACUUCCCGAGCAGAAUGCCUCCCAGCAGGUCAACUCUACUUUGCGGGUAAAGAAGAGCGAGCUUAUAGAGCUUCUGCAGUCCAAGUCAGGGUCGCUUCCAGAUGGUCUCUCGGAUUCCGAGAGGACGACAUUUCACAACUUCCUAGAUGUAUUCGAAGUGUAG